AUCUUGAUCAUCAACGGGAGUGAGACGGAGCGAUAUACGGAGUGAGUCAUGGAGCGCAUACUGCGAGGUGUGAUGCGUUACCGGCACUCCACCCGGGAACAAAUGGUGCAGGAAUUCCGUAAAGUUCGCGAUAAUCCACAGCCAAAAGCUGUGUUCUUCACCUGCAUGGACAGUCGCAUGAUUCCAACGCGAUUUACCGAGACACACGUGGGGGAUAUGUUUGUGGUGCGAAAUGCUGGCAAUCUUGUUCCGCAUGCCGAGCACUUUCAGGAUGAGUACUUUAGCUGCGAGCCGGCCGCCCUUGAGCUGGGUUGCGUGGUCAACAACAUCAAACACAUCAUCGUUUGUGGCCACAGCGAUUGCAAGGCAAUGAAUCUGCUGUACAUGUUGAAGGAUCCCGAAUUUGCAUCGCUGGACAACCGUAGGAUAUCGCCACUGAGGGCCUGGCUGUGCGAGCAUGCCAAUACUAGUCUGGACAAGUUUCAAAACCUGCGACAGAUCGGACUGGAUAAACCGCUGAUUUUCUCGUCCGAGACACCGUUGCGCAAGUUCGUGGCUUACAUUGAUCCCGAGAACAAUUUCGCGAUCGAGGACAAACUGUCGCAGGUGAACACGUUGCAGCAGAUCGAGAACAUCGCUUCGUACGGGUUUCUGAAGCGCCGGCUCGAGUCACACGAUCUGCACAUUCACGCUCUUUGGUUCGAUAUCUACACCGGAGAUAUUUACUACUUUAGCCGGAACUCGAAGCGAUUCAUAGCGAUCGACGAGAGCACAAUCGAGCAACUGCUGACCGAGGUACGGCGGUACUAUUCGUGAUCCGUGUUCGAGUGUUCGUUGUUCGCUCGUCGAAGGUGCUUCCGUGAGGGUUGUCCUGUAAAUACGGGUUAAUUAAGAACAAUCUCCAAGAAAUUGUUUUUUUUUAUGCUUUGGAACAUUUUUAAAAUGUGAAUCGUGCUUCUAGUGCCUUGCGGAACGAGUGGCCUUACGUUAUGAUUUAUUAUGUACUGCUUCGUGUUGGAUGUUGUAAUAAGUAGAACGCUUUUUGUACGAACUGUUGAGCUAGUUUUAUAAUAAACAGGAUAUGUUGGCUGGCGAAGAAGUACUAUCAUCGGCCGAUAAUGAUAACCUUCUCUCUUUUAAAGGUUCGCGAAUGAGCUUCAUCGCAUGGUCGUCGCAAGACGCAGCUAUACCACAAACGCACACGCCAGAAAUGCAUUUAGU